AUGUCCGACACACAAUUGAAAAGAAAGCGCUCUCAGCGUGACAAGGCUCCUGCCACCACCCUGCCAAAGCGCCAGAAGAGCGACCACUUGGACCAGGACACGGCCACAACCACUCCCAAGCCCGUCAAGACGCAAACACCAAAGUCGACAUCAAAGACGCAGAUUCUGGAUCAACUUAGCACACCGACUGUCAACCUCCCGCCGACCGCUGGCUCGACCGACGACAAUGCGCUACAGGUAGCCACCACUCCGGCACAAGGAAAGAAGGCGAGGCGAGGUCGCCGAGAUGUCAAAAGAAAGGGCACCGACCAUGUUGCAAUCGAUCAGGGUCAAGUCGUCGAGAAGCCACAGGCAAGAGUCGAGGGCAGGGCACCUUGGGCGCUAUCCAAGCCUCUAGGUGGAAGAUUCAUCCUGCACGACCCCAUCUUUGCCCAGGAUGAGAGGUAUGCUACACUCCGCUUAUGCCUUCGUCACAUUUUCUAA